AUGGAGGACUAUUCAGGCUCGUCGGGCACGUUUUGUAUAAAGGCUCCCGCUGGCUGGAAACAAUCCGUCAUUAAAGUUACACCAUUAGCUACAACAUCAAGACAAAACAUAUGCCUGCAUUGGUGUCUCCCUAAACCGUAUCACACGUUUACUUGCACCUCGCUACAGUUCAUAGUGCUUAGACCAGCAGGAUCCAAUAUCCUGUUAGGAGAAAUUCAAAACGACGAACGGACUUCGUUGGUCGCCAUCGAACAUGUUCGCGAAGGGAGAAUAUGCACUUGUAUUCUUGUCAAACAGUGUUCCUUGGAAGCAGCUGAAACUCAUUUCCCAAUCACCAACAAGCGUCACGGAAAAGCUCAUCCUCCUCUCACUGGCGUCACAGCUCUCCCUUUGUGGAACGAGAGCUACAUCGCACUAAUCGAAAAGGUGGAGCUAACCCCGAAGCCUGCAUCAACUGACAACAAACCAAACACAACCGAAUCCCAAGCUGAACCUCGUUCUCCGCCUUCUCCUACGACAACGGUCGGUAGCAUCGAACACGGUUUUGCUAUCCUCGUUACGAAGUUUUGUGAGCAGCUCUUUCUCAGUACCGCCCCUGUUGCCUUCUUUGCAAAGUCUCUAGUUGGACGUUUCCGUUCGUGUCUUCACUCUUUGAAGAGCACUGCUACGGCUGCAGAUGUUUUCUUACAAGACACGCUUAAACUCGUCGAAACGCUCCCCGAUCUGAGUGAAGUCAACAUUCAUGCCCAAAAAUGCUAUGAAGCCCUCCAAAAUGGCGAGCCUUUCAAUCUGGAGCCACCUACGCACUGGUCUCCCUGUACUACUAAAUGCGUGCGCGAAUGGGUGUCGUCAUAUCUUGAACAACCUCGCGAACAAAUUAAUGAUGAUUCUUUCCAUCGCGUAGUUUCCUCUUUAAAGAUUCGUUAUUGUGAGUUGCUUGUCUUACUGUGCUUUGAGCUUUUACACUUGGCUACUUCAUUUUUCCCCGAGCUUCCAUCAAUUACGGAUAAAACCUCCUUAAUUUAUCAACUUUUUUAUAAACUGAAAGUAUGUUUGGAGUCUGCAUUCGACCGGUUAUGCAUUUGGCGAUCUUUGGAAGAAAAACCCCCGGGCGCCAUUGAAGAAGACUUUCUGAUAAAGUUUUGCCAGGAGGUGAUCCAUCCAUUUUACGGUUCAAAAUUCCCGCAUAUCUCUGUUAAGCUCUUACAAAAAUGUUCGGGUCCUGGUUUCAAUACCUCUCGUUCUUCGCAUUCGUCUACAAAUUCAUCCUCUUCAAAAUCGAGGAAGCGCCGCGUUUCCGAUAUCCAUGGUCUCUCAAGCAAAGUACCCUCAAUACAACAUUCCGCUGCUAACCGUCAGCAACGGUUAAAGUCAAGACGAUACACGCUCGACCCAGAUCAAAUAAAACAGCUUCAACGCAAAACCGUGUCUCCGUCACCUGAAGCGAUACGCGAAAAACGAUUGCAAGAACUCAAUCGCAGUCUGUCUCUUCCUCGUUUCCUAACUGAACGCAGUAAGAAACGACUUUCAACCUCGGGUGUCUCACAAUUCCGAAGUCGGGAAGUUGAGAUGCCCUCAAGAAAAAUGUCAUCCAGCGAACACAUGUCCGUUAAGGUUUCCAAUCUUAGUACAUCUCGUCCAAACCGUUCCUUAACAGAAGCGUUUCGCUUGGCCAGCCCACAGCUUCAGCUCUCGCGAACCAAGUCAACUAGCCGAAAUAGCAUUGGAACGCUUGUCCGAUCGAAGACACUGUCGGACUUGGACGACCCUCCAUCAACCGUUCAAGUUCAGGUUCAGUGUACUCCUCAGAAACCUGCACGAUCUACUGUGGAAUUCAAUGCUAACAAGCCCAUACCGCCUCCGAACCUUAACCUGGGUAUGACGCCUCCUAAACCAAAACAACACUCUUUACACCGUACUCAAUCCACCUAUCCAGUUUCUUCAAUCUUCGAAAGCCCGUCCAAACGUAUCCCUCCUCCUUCCUUUGCCGUUCCUGGUACCCCCGUUAAACAAACUGUUCCCUCUACUCCUCAAAAGCCUGCGCCUUAA